UCUAGUCUGUGUAAUUUCUGCGUGAAACUAGACACGGGGCAUAUUUUACGUAUAAUACCACCAGUAUUUGUAAAUGAAUGGGAGUAAGUGAUGAGGAAAUUCGGUUGUUGUUUCCUAAAAAUGAAAAGGGAGAACACGUGAGCGUUUGAUGUGCUUAACUGUCUAAGAUAGAUGGUAGCACCUCAUCCUCCGGUGCAGCAGGUGGCGCUAGAUUGACUCUGUGAUUACAUGUCUGUCUGGCUAUUCAAUUCCAGCAAAGAAGACCUUUAGAGGCAGCAUGGAGUUAAAUACGACUUUGAAUGUUAAAUGGUUAUUCGAAAUAAGUUUACCAGGACACUGGUUGUAACUUAAUAAGAAACAUACCACUUUACAAUACGUGGCUGUUUCCGUGAAAGAGUAGCAUGCCAUUCGGUAAUAGUAAAAUUACAGUGUAACAGUCAGCUCGUGCCAUGCGGUAAUUCGAGAUGAGGAAUGUGUCCAUUAGUAACUGAUGGAGUCAGUGCUUAUAGUGACCCCCGUCACAGCCCUGGAGUUCCUGGGGGAGAACUAUCUGUUGGCAGGUGAUGGCCCAGUUCUGUCAGUCUACAAUCUGAAGACUUCACCCACAACUUCUGCUUUGCUCAGCGUCCUCCAGAACUUCCGCAUCCAUGGAAUCCGUCCUCACCAACAGCAGAGAGAUCGAGCUGAACAUACAAGCAUAGCUAAGGAGGAGGAACCCCAGGGACUGUUAUGGCAGCAGAGGGCACACUUGGUGGUUUUCGGGGGCAAAGCAGUGAGGCUUGUGGAGCUGAAAAUGGGGGAACUCCCCGGCCUCCAGCCUCUUGGCCCGCUAAUUGAGCUGCGGGACUGGGUGCUGGAUGUGCACUGGCUGGACGUUCGCAGUGACCUCCUGGGUGUCACACUGGCCCAUAAUGUCACUCUGCUGCUCGAUGUGCAGAAGGGAAGCACGCUGGCCCUCUGCUCCUGCGAGGACGGCUGCCUUCUGUAUUCGGCCCUGCUGGUGGGACCUUGCUGGAAGAGCUUAGUUGUGGUGGGGGGCACCAUCUUUAACCAGCUGGUCCUCUGGAGACCUGGAGAGGGAACAGAAAAGGAAGAUGGGAGAAACAUGGUGGGGAGAGUCGAGCGGAGGUUGCUGGGCCAUAGCGGCGUGAUCUUCAGCAUGGCCUACCUUCCCGAGCCGGGCUGGCUGGCUUCGGCAUCAGAUGACCGCAGUGUGCGAGUGUGGGAUGUGGGUGCUUUGGGGGGGGAGGCAGGAUGUGGAGUUCCCUCCCCACCCUGCUUGUGGGUUCUUUAUGGUCACCAGGCCCGGGUGUUCUCUGUAAAGCUCUCACCCGCCGGAGCAUUCAGCGCAGGUGAGGAUGGCGUCUGCCUGGCAUGGGACUGGGACAGCGGGAAGGUAACGCGUGCCCUGAGGGGGCACCGGGCGGGAGGGGUCAGGGCGCUGGCCGUCAGCCUGGGAGGAGAUGGGGGAGGUGGCUACGUAGCUACGGGGGGCGCAGAUGGUGGCAUCCGUCUCUGGAGCCUCAAGGAGGAGGACAGCGGACUAGAGGAUUCAGGGGUCCUGCGUGAUUUGGGGUUUGAGGGUGUAGGUUGCCCUAAGGUGGUGCGUGUGACUGGGGGCAGGGGCUUGGGGCAGAGAGGAGUGGUGGUCACCACUGAUCAAGGGGAGGUUUAUUCGUGGGAGGAGCAAAGUGGCUGGCAGCUAUUAUGGAAGGGAGGUGCAGGGUUCUGUUCCUACAAUGUAAUGGAGGUGUUGGAGUGGUGGAGUGGGGAUGAGAUGUGUGCUGUUGGCAGCCUGAGUGGAGAGGUGUGGCUCUUCCCCCUGUCUCAGCCCAGCGCCGGGGUACGGCUGAAGGCAGGGACAGGGAAGAUCCAUAGCGUGCUAUGGGUACACCCAACCGGGGGCCGUGGUGCGUUUUUGUUGGCAUCGGGGGCAGAAGGUGUGGUAUACCGUUGGCAGAUAGAUACAGAGUUGGUUGGGGGGGCUGUGGUUCUCAAUGUCGAGCCCCUGGGUCCUUUUAUUCUUCCCCCCUGUGCGAAACGCUGGCUGACCACCGCAGUGCUCGUAUCUCAGCCAGAGGGGGCGCUGUGGGUGUGUGGAGACCGGAGAGGUUCACUGCUGCUGUAUCCUGACAAAGCCGAGGAGGCUAAGGCAGAUGGAGCCUUGCAGCCCAUGAGCGUCCUGUUCGGGGUGCACGGGAAGCAGGGCGUGACGUGCGUGUGCGAGCACGCUGGCCUGAUCUACAGCACCGGGCGUGACGGCUGUGUACGCGUGUCCCGGCUGGAUGCCAGUGCUCUGGAGGUGCUGAGGGUACAGCGGGCGUGCCGUGGCAUGGAGUGGCUGGAGAGGAUUGUGGUUCUGGACCCGGAGGUGAAUCCAGUGGAGGGGGAGCAUGGUGAGCGUCACGCAGGGGAGGUGAGGUUGGUCUUGGGGUUCCACUCAGUCUACUUCGUUGUCUGGGACUUGGUCCGGCUGGAGCGGGUCUUGUCAGUGCCUUGUGGUGGGGGGCAUCGGUCCUGGAGCUACUGGUUACCCCGGAGCCCAGGUGCCGAUGCUGUAGGCACAGUAGUGUUUGUGAAGCACGGAGCAGUCAUGGCCUCUCGUGCCCCAGAGGAGACCUCCCUUCAGCAGGGAAGUCGGGAGCUCAGGGAAGGGAUCCACGGUAAGGGUGUCACCUGCGUGUGCCACUUAGGUGUUGUCUGGGUCGCCAGGCAGCACUGGGAGAUCCUGGCAACAGGUGGAGAGGACACAACUUUGACUGUGUUGACGAUUGACCCUCGGAGCAGGGAUCUCAGGGUCCUGGCGCUCAUCACUGAUCACAUCUCCAGCAUCCGUGCACUAGCAGUCGUUCGGAGGCCAGGUGCCAGGGAGGCGAAUGACACCAAGCCACUCCUCUCUGUCCUGCUCUUCUCUGCCGGGGGGCGGGCCCAGCUGCAGUGCUACAGACUCCUGAUUGGUGAGAAUGGACAGCUGGGUUUGCCUUCUUGUCAGGUGAUCCAGGUAGCUAGUCACCGGUUGGAUGAGCAAUGGGAACGGAGGCGGAACCGACACAAGACUGUGAAAAUGGACCCUGAAACCAGGUACAUGUCUCUGUCAGUGAUAUCCGAUGGAACAGAGGGGCUCCUUCUGGCUGCGGCCUGCAGUGAUGGAGCACUGAGGCUUUUUUCAUUGACUGAAACCAGUGGCAGCUUUCAGCUUCUGUGGGAGAGUUUCUACCACCAGCGAUGUGUGCUCAGUGUCGCCACCUACCUCCUGAAAGACCCCCAGGGCUGCCAGAGGUUGUUUAUCUUCAGUGCUGCGACCGAUGGUAUGAUAGCUGUUUGGGAUACAAAUACAGUAACAAAUCUGGAGAUUGGACCCUCUUCUGACACCUGCUGGAAGGGUCCACCUAGUCCUUGCCUCACGAUUCCAGCACAUCAGAGUGGAGUAAACACACUAGCAGUGUGGGAGGGGCACUGGGAUGAUCAGGGAUUGUCUCAGGCAGGGGGGCACUGGAUGACAGUGGCCAGUGGAGGAGAUGACGGACAAUUGUCAGCUGUUUGUAUCCAAGUGCAGUUCCAUCCCAAGGAGGUAGAGGGCAGUGGAUUGACUCUGAACCUGUACGCUAGGUCUGUGGAGCCUCUGGCCCAUUCGGCCCCCCUGACAGCUUUAAUACCCCUGGGUCCUAGACUCCUUAUCUCUGCCUCCCCGGAUCAACGCAUCUCCCUGUGGGACCUCCCAGGUACCUCUCUGCGCCACCGGGGGGUGCUGUUCUCGCAUGUGGCCGAUAUCGCAGGACUAACAGCGUGGCAAGGAGAAGAGAGGCAGACCUGGGUGGCUGUUUGUGGGCAGGGUUUACAGCUGCUGCGGCUGGAAUCGCAGGGCGACGGGAAAUAAGACUGUAUGAAAGAUGCGAAAUGUGCCGUCUUCGUAGAAACUCACCCUUGUCAUACUGUGAGUCACACUGUCUGUCAAGAUGAGCAAGUGCUGACAUUCGAUGCUAAUUUAAAAAUAAAAAGUAUAUAUAUUUUAAAUUUUCCCUGUGAAAUGUAACAUGCUUUUAGUAAAUGAAAAUAGCAGA